CUGAAUUCGUGCCUGCAAGUUGUGAAAUUAAAGGGAAAUUAUUAGAUUGAGUUUUAUAUCAAGUUUUUUAUUUUUUAUUUAGGAAAUGGCACCCCAACUGCGUGGAAUUGGUACGCGCAGUACGCGAACGCGCGUCCGGUUUGAAGACGAGAUUGAGCGCACUGCUCAACUUGCGAGAGAACAAACAGCUACGAAGAAAAAGAACACAAAGAAGGCGGCCCUAAAGACGGCGGGUCGAAAGAAGAAAGCCCAGGUAGCUCCAAAGAAGGUAUCGGCGAAGGCAUCGUCGUCUAGCAUACCCAAGACUGCUAGCAAGACAACACCUCUGGAGCUAGAUCCGCAAAGGGACCUUGCAGACGAUGAGGAAGAGCUAGGAGAGGAAGAGC